AUGGGGGCGAAAAUCAAGAACAAAAACGUGGAGGGGGAAAGGGGAUGGCCGCACGUCUCGACGCGGGCGCUCCUGGCGGGAUGCGCGCGAGCCAGUUAUAAAACGACGCUCUCCUCCAAGUUCAAGUUCAGUGCACCUGCCACCAGGAGACGCGGGCAGCUGGACAGUCAGACAAUGAAGACUAACGUGCAGCUGGUGAUUCUGGCGGCGGCGGUGGCCGGUUGCUCCGCCUUCGUCGGCGGCGACGACCGCUUCGUCAAGAAGUACGCCAUGAUGAAGGUGUUCGAGAGCUGCCUGGGGCCGGACGUGCUGAAGGAGACGAGGCUGGAGAUGAAGGCGGCCUGCGCCAAGUGCUCGGGCGGCGGCGCCACCUCCGCCUCGCCGAUGCCGCCCCCGGCCGCCCCCGACGCCGCCGCGGAGCCCGGCCCGGCGUCGCCCACGCCGCCCCCCAGGAAGCGCGGCAAGCCCCAGAACCAGUCCUUCGACCCGGCCAAGCUGCAGCAAGCCAUCCUCGGCUUCAAGUCGCAGCAGUUCUCGCAGGGCUCGUACCCUCAGGCGCUGAAGCUCUACCAGCAGCAGUCCACGGCCUUCCAGCCGGGCGCAGGCGCCGGUUACCCCGCGCCGCAGUUUCCCCCCACCGGGGCCUUCUACCCGGCGGGCAACUCCCUGUACGGCGCGCAACCCUACCAGGCGUCCUUCAACCCCUACUUCCAGCAGCAGACGCCCUUCUUCCAGCAGCAGGGGCCCUUCUACCAGCAGCAGCAGCCGCUGUUCCCGCAGGGGCUGGGCUACUUCGGCCAGAGGGAGUCGCGCUACCUGGACAUGAGGAACCAGCUAGAGUCCAUGUCCUCCCAGGGCGGCAACAGGAUCAAGAACGUGACGUGUGUGAUGCAGGAGCUGGGAUAUCUGGACGACAACAUGGAGCCCAACUACGGCCACAUCGUGGACCGCAUCAGCCGUCUGCCGGUGGAGGACGAGUUGAAGAAGGACAUGGUCGACGGCGUCGAGUUCUGCAGGCAGUUCUCCAUGUGUGUUCCGGAUAUCAGCAAGGAAAGGUUUCCCUUAUCCAGAGAUCUCAUGAGGCCGAUGUUUUUCUUCAAAUGCUACAAGCACAAGAAGCUGGAGGCGUGCAUCAUGAAGGACGUGCGCGAGAGGUACUCCCCAGCGGGCGACCUGUCCGGCGAGGAGAGCGUGCCCGGUGGCAUGCUGAGGUCCCUGGACGGCCGCGGCGGUAGGGCGGAGACGGACGACGUGGAGGGGGCCAUGUACGAGUUCCUGUACGGCGGAGACAGCGUGGACUACGAGACCGUCAUGUGAACACCUCCCCCUCCCCCCAGGAUGGCCCUUCAUCGUGGUGCAUCAUCUACCAUUCGACCUCCUGAAUAGCUUUCGGCCACAAUCCUCUGCGAAUCAUCUGGUCUUUCACUGAUUUGAGCUGUCGCGUAUCAACAACAAUCAUCUAGAUGACUUUUGGAUAUCUACCUCGGUCUAGAAGUAGUUCUGUACUUUUUAUUGAUUCGUCGUCUCCCAUUUGACACUUGAAUCGCAUUUGACUACAAUAUUCGGGGAAUCAUCUGGUCUUUCACUGAUGUGUGCUGUACCGUGCCAUCACCAACCAACUAGGUGACUCUUUUAACACCUACCUUUGUGUACAGUAGCUCUGUUGAAGCAUCAUAUCCCGUUUGACUUCAGACUGACUCGCCUUUGGCCACAAUCCUCUGGGGAAUACUUCCCUGAAGUGUGCUGUCCCGUGGCAAAUGCCAAUCACCCGUCUGAAGUAGUUCUGAGGUUUCCUUUCUUGAUACGUCACCAUCCCAUUUGACUCCUGACCCAUGUUUGGCCACAAUCCUGUGAGAACCCUCAGUUUCUCCACAUGUGAUAUGUUCCAUGUUGAUAUGCUGUACUUCAAUCCUGUGGGCGACUAUCUUUCGGCUACUCCUUGUGGCUUUCUCCUUUAAUGUGGUCCCUCGCACCUGACAUCUGACUCUUCAUGGGAUAGGUGUGUAGGCUUCCACAAUUGUGGGGAGUUCUGUUUCCCCACAGCGUGCUGCCUCACAUGUAACUCAACCAGCUGCCUGGUGACGCUUCUACCACUACACAGACUUAAGGGAUUCCAUGCUUUCCCCCUAAUGUUAAUUUUCCCAUAUUAACCUAGCAAACUUUUAGACUCUUGUCUACAUUCUGAUGUUCCUGUGCUUUCCCUUUGAUGAGUGUUGUCCCAAGAGUCCUGACCUGCCAUUUGACGACUUUUCCGCCAUAAUAUUGGCAGGAAGUGAUAGUAGAUCUAAGAAUUAUUAAAGUUUAUGAUGCUUUAAACGAAUUCAAUUCUGUUAGAUGAUUUCGAACUGAGCAUUUUUAUAUAAGUACCCUUAGUAUAAUUGUCCACUACAGAGCAUAAAACCAUCUAGGGGAAAGUCCAACAGAUUUAUAUCACUACAAAAUCAUUUUUAUUUAUAUCAGUUUAUGGAAGGGUUAGUAUAGGAAAAAACUAAGGAUAAAUGGUUGUGGAUGGCUUGACUUCACUGCCUUCUAAAUUGUAUCAUAAAUGUUGCAUCUUGGUAAUUUCACAUCCAACAUGCAUAUUUUAUGGCCAGAUGUUCAGUUUAGUGUCAUGAAGGUAAAAAGUGAAGCCAGUAACUUAAUUUUGUAUUCUUUUGAUAAAUAAAUAACUUUUAUAA